CGUUUCGGUGACAUUCCGUCAUGUGUGAAUCCACCUUUAGUCACGAAACGAAAUAAGAACAACUUUGGCCGGCACGUUGAGACCAUGGAGGUAGAAUUUUUACCUCCAUGUUUCAGACACCUGGAGUUCGACAUCACUGAACACUGAUCAUGCAAGACCAUAGAGUAUAAGUGCAGGGCGUGAUUGCAUAUCUUUGGAUGGUUAUGUUUGAAAGAAAUGCUAGUUGGCGGCCACGGCGAAUCUAAUCCGAACACAAACUGGCUGGACAGUCGUGGUUUAUGGAUUAGUUACGCUGUGGGGAUGCUUGUGCUUCAUCUGAUUCUUCUAAGUAUACCAGUUUUCAGUGUAGCAUUUGCUUGGACUCUUACGAAUAUCAUCCAUAAUUUGUGUCACUUUUUUUUCCUUCACUUCGUGAAAGGCGCACCCUGGGUUCCUCAAGAUCAAGGGGACAGUAGGGAACUUACCCACUGGGAGCAAAUUGAUUAUGGAGAGCAGUUUACUGUUACUCGGAAAUUCUUGACAGUUGUGCCCAUUGUACUGUUUUUCCUGGCUAGCUACUACACAAGGUAUGCAACUGGACAUUUCAUAGUGAAUUUUGUAUCGAUGAUGUUGGUCUUGCUGCCGAAGCUACCACAGUUCCACAGAGUGAGACUUUUUGGUAUAAAUAAGUACUAAGUAUUUUUCUGAUGACUUGCUGUGUGUAAAAUUAUACAAUGUUACAGACAUCACUGCAUCUUUUGCAGAUGCACUGUACUUACAGUAUAAACUGCCAUUAUGUUUGAGAUUGCAGUUAAGUGUGUGUGUUUUUUAAACACUCUCAAGCUUUGAGAAGUGUAUGGCAGGUAUUGUUACUUCAGUUUGUGUGUAUAACUUUCCAGAUAAACACAAUAUUGUUCAGACUUUCGUUGCAUUGAUUUUACCUCUGUUGUUUGACAAAUUUCUUUUGGUUAAGAUAUUUGUGUAAAAAGAAAGAAAUCCAGUAUUGUUUGAAUAAACUCACUGAAAUGGUGA